AUGUCCCUGAGGCGCCAUGUUGACAGGCGCACGCGCGAUAGGACUGCCAUACAAUGGAUACGAGUUUGCCCGAUCCCCGCGACGCUUCCAAAGCUUUCAUUCUCGCCCUCCUCUGCUGCAACAGGAUCUUGGGGGUGUGAAAAUGAAGCUGCUUUUCUGUUACUUGGUCCUCCCGCCCACGGCAACCUCACACUAUCCACAGGGGGCUGCACGACCAGCUCAGGUGACUCUCGCAUAACCUAUGAACGGGACCUCCUUCAUAUCGAAUACCGAUCACCCAAACCUAUCAAGGCUUGCGAAAAAUGGUUGGACGCGACUGAUAUCGACACCAUCAAAACAGUCGAAAUAUUCAUCAGGGCAAGCGCUGAUUUGGCUGAAUUUCGACAAAAUGCACUUCGUCAACCUGGCCGCAUCAGUCAUGCCAUGAACAUUUCACAACUGAGCAUAUUUCUCACGAUCGAGGGUGCAGCAGCAGAACUGACAGGAUGUAAACGAUCGCCGUUUCAUCAUGUGUCAAUGGAACAUGGCGUGGCCUUGGAUACCGACGGCUUGUCCUUUCCUGGCAAUAAACGCGACUUUGUCCUUGCUGUCAGAAUCUUCAAUAUCGCACGACCGUUCCAGCUUUAUGUUUUGUGCUUCUUCAUUCGCGACCACAAAUUAUCCCUUAAUUGGUACGACCGCCGAGGGAUAAUCCUUUCCGACGACUAUGACAUGGACGACAAUCUUGAAAUCCUCCAUGAGUAUCCCUCCUUCCUUGCCUCCAUGGGUGUAAACGAUCCGCGUUGGUGGAAAAUAUCAACGGGCCCCCCCAUAUGGUCUUCUUUGUCUUUACUGGCUCGCGGUACUGCCACAUGGCAAGCCGCAUCGCUUCAGGACAACAAUGAUGUUGUCUUUUGA